CCUUAACUCAAGUGAAAGAUUAUUACAACAUGCAAUUUUAAUUAAGAUGUAAUAACAGUAAGAAUAUGUAUUUUAUAUGUCGGUUUUCUGUUGGUCUUAUAAGAAAAAAUAAUUUCGUUGUAACUUCGAGUUAUGGUUCAAUUUUGGUUCAAAGAAGCAAAUCGCACACGAUGAAAUAUCUAAAUGUCGCGGAAAAAAAUGACGCUGCUAAGAAUAUUGCGCUUCAUUUAUCAAGAGGAACAUCAAAAAGACGGGAAGGACUAUCGCAGUACAAUAAAAUUUAUGAGUUUGAAGCAGAAGUAAUGGGUCAAAAGUGCCAAAUGGUAAUGACUUCAGUAUCCGGUCAUCUCCUUGCAUUAGAAUUUGCAAGUUCAUAUAAAAGUUGGCAGUCAUGUAACCCCUUAACACUUUUUGACGCGCCAGUUAUAAAGUACUGUCCAGAAAACUAUGAAAAAAUUAAGAAAACACUAGAAAAAGAAGUAAGAAGUUGUCAAGGCCUUAUCAUCUGGACGGAUUGCGACAGAGAAGGGGAAAAUAUAGGCUUCGAGAUAAUAGAGGUGUGUAGCGCAGUUAAGAGCAACCUGAGAAUAUUCCGUGCAAAGUUCUCUGAGAUUACAUCUGUGUCCGUUCGUCGUGCAUUGCAGAACUUAGAGCAACCUAACAGGAAUAUCAGUAACGCAGUUGAUGUGAGGCAAGAACUUGAUUUAAGGAUAGGAGCUGCAUUUACAAGAUUUCAGACAUUACGGUUACAAAAAGUUUUCCCAACAAAACUGGCAGAUAGCCUUAUUAGCUACGGAUCUUGUCAGUUUCCAACACUUGGAUUUGUUGUGGAAAGGUAUAGGGCAGUUAACAACUUUGUUGCUGAAACAUUUUGGAAAAUAAAAGUGAAUCAUACAAUAAACAAUCUAAGUGUUGAUUUUGCAUGGGACAGAAUACGACUAUUUGACCAGGAAGCUUGCGAAGUCCUGCAUGAUAUUUGCAUAGAAAACCCACUUGCAAAGGUUGUAAAUGUGAGAACAAAACCUAAGUCUAAAUGGAGACCUUUGCCGUUAGACACAGUGGAACUGGAAAAAUUAGCAUCUCGAAAACUUAAAAUAAAUGCCAAAGAAACCAUGCGUUUAGCGGAAAAAUUGUACACGCAAGGUUUAAUCAGCUACCCGCGUACAGAAACUAAUGAGUUUCCAAAGGAGAUGAACUUGCGACAACUUGUGGAACAUCACACCGGGGACCCCAAUUGGGGGAGGUUCGCUCAGGGGAUACUGGACGAUGGGGGGCCCACGCCGCGCCAGGGGAACAAGAGUGAUAAAGCUCACCCUCCCAUACAUCCAACAAAGUAUACCAACAGUCUGUCGGGUAAUGAACAGCGUUUAUACGAGUUCAUAGUGCGCUCGUUCCUUGCAUGUUGCUCGAAAGACGCGCAAGGUCAAGAGACUACGGUCAGCAUUGACGUCGCCAACGAGACCUUCUCAGCCAGUGGACUUAUGAUCAUCGCAAGGAAUUAUCUAGAAGUUUAUCCCUAUGAUAAAUGGUCUUCCAAAGAAAUACACGUCUAUGAGAAUGGACAAACGUUCAAUCCGACAAGUAUAGACUUAGUUGAAGGAAACACAUCGCCGCCCAACUUGUUGACGGAGGCAGAUCUUAUUGCUUUAAUGGAAAAACAUGGCAUUGGCACGGAUGCGACUCACGCGGAGCACAUAGAGACGAUAAAAAAUCGUUCGUAUGUAGCUCUGGCGGACGCCGUACACUUCGUGCCGGGUCUGCUGGGCAUGGGGCUGGUGGAGGGCUACGAUGCGAUGGGUCUCAACAUGGCGCGGCCACAUCUGCGCGCGCAGCUGGAGGCUGACCUCAAGGCCAUCAGUGAAGGCACCAAGCAACCGGACAUCGUCUUAGCUGAACAGAUAGCAAGAUACAAAGAAGCAUAUAUAAUGGUAACAGCAGAAGCUAAUAAAAUAGACAACGCACUUGCGGAACGUUUCAAUGAACGACCCAAUGAGUAUGUUCCUACAACAGAAACAUUGCCUGUCAAUAUGCCUACAGUAUUAAAAUGUCCCAAAUGCGGAUCCGGAAUGACUUUGAGACAGAAAAAGAAUAAUGCAGACGAAUUAUUUAUUAGUUGUCUAUCGUAUCCAAGUUGUAAGAACGCAGUUUGGCUGCCAAAUGUUGUCAAAUCGUUACAAGUACAAGAUCGAACUUGUCCUAUUUGUGGUCCAAACUAUAACAUUGUGAAAUUCGAAUGGCGAAACAAUUCAAUAAGUCAUUUGUAUCCGCCGCCAUACGAUGGUUGUAUCGGCGGCUGCGAUCCCGCUUUCUUAGAUAUACUUCAAAUAAACCCGUCCUCUGUCAAACCUAAUUCAAACCAAAAUAUAUCUAAUAACAAUAGACCGAUAGUUGAAAAUCGCACAAAUAACAUCAGACAUCAAGCACAAAGACAAACGACUAUAGGAAAUAUGCCGACAAGAAAUAAUACUGGGAAUAGACAAACAGGGCAAAUUGCACCCACAGUCAAUGGGAAUAGGGUGCAAAAUACAGCGCAGACGAGAUUGCCUGCGCCGAGGAUAGUGGGCGACUCUGAGGAUAACAACGUCCUCUGCAGCUGCAACAAGCCGGCGAUACAGCUCACUGUGCGAAAACAGAACGCUAAUUUCGGUAAAAAAUUCUACAAAUGUGCCGCAAUGAGAGAAAACGGUGGGUGUGAUUUCUUCCUUUGGGCACCGGAGUCUGAGAAUACAGUCCAGAAUCAGUUCGAGACUCCGCCAGACUCUGGCCGGGGCUCAGCGCCGCCCAGCGCCGGCACCUCCAACUCCUCGAGAGGCUGGGGCAUAGCGCCCACCUUCAGCAGGACAGACUACACGCCCAAUGAAGACAAUGUUAUGUGCAACUGUGGCGUCCCCGCCAGACGAGUAACCGUUCAAAAAGAAGGUCCUAAUAAAGGCCGACCGUUUUACGGAUGUCCGAAAGACUUCAGCUCGCGUUGCAACUUCUUCCAAUGGGCGGAUUCCGGCACAAAUGUGGAGUGGAACAACAGCAGCACUAGCAAUAGUAGAGGUAGGGGGCGCGGGCGGGGCGGGGGCGGGGGCAGUAGGGGCGGGGGACACAGUCGUGAUGGUGGGGGCGGGGGCGGAGCUGGACGGGGCAGAAAGUGCGGCCUCUGCAGGCAGGAGGGGCACACGAGGUCUCGAUGCCCAAACAAUCAAUAA